ACAUAUAAUGGUUAUAAUGGUUAUGUGACAAUCUACAAACACUACCUAGAAAUGCAUUUAAAUGAUCUCAUGUUUUGUAAUUUAAAAUUAGUUAUAUAUAUAACACGUUGUAUAAAACCCAUUUAUAUUUAUAAACCUUAAAAGAUUCUGAUUUGAUGCAAGAUAUGGGGGUGACUAAAUCUCAGUAUAAUCCACUGAAAUCGUCAAAAUUUCGGGGUUUUAGCAACAAAUUCCACUCAAUUCUCCAUCUUUUUCUUUUAAAUAAGAAACACCACUAUAUCAAUAACACAAAGCCUAAUAAAAAAAUUUAGGGCAGAAUUUAGUUUACUCAUCAAAAUGUCUCUUCUUUCACAUCUCAUCAACCUCAAUGUCCCUACAGAGAAGAUCAUUGCUGAAUACAUAUGGAUUGGUGGAUCAUCUGGUAUGGACCUAAGAAGCAAAGCCAGGACCCUUCCUGGACCUGUUGAUGAUCCUUCAAAGCUACCAACAUGGAAUUAUGAUGGAUCAAGUACCAAUCAAGCUCUUGGAGAGGACAGUGAAGUCAUUCUAUAUCCUCAAGCAAUAUAUAAAGAUCCAUUUAGGAGAGGCAACAACAUUCUUGUGAUGUGUGAUUCGCGCACACCAAAAGGAGAACCUAUCCCUAGCAAUACGCGUCACAAUGCCGCAAAAAUAUUUACCCAUUCUGAUGUCGUUGCAGAAGAACCAUGGUUUGGUAUAGAGCAGGAGUACACUUUGCUACAAAAAGAUGUGAACUGGCCGCUAGGAUGGCCUAUUGGAGGGUACCCUCGACCACAAGGGCCAUACUAUUGUGGUACUGGUGCCGAUAAGGCAUUUGGUCGGGACAUUGUUGAUGCACAUUACAAGGCUUGUCUAUAUGCCGGUAUUAAUAUCAGUGGCGUCAAUGGCGAAGUUAUGCCCGGCCAGUGGGAAUUUCAAGUUGGCCCGUGUGUUGGCAUUUCUGCUGGUGAUCAAGUUUGGGUGGCUCGUUACAUUUUAGAGAGGAUAACAGAGAUGGCCGGAGUGGUUCUUUCUUUCGACCCGAAACCUGUUCCUGGUGAUUGGAAUGGAGCGGGUGCUCACGUGAACUAUAGUACAAAGACAAUGAGAGCCGAUGAAGGUUAUCAGGAUAUAAAAAAGGCAAUUGAAAAGCUUGGGAAAAGGCAUAAGGAACAUAUUGUUGCGUAUGGCGAAGGCAAUGAACGUCGACUAACCGGGAAACAUGAAACCGCUGAUAUGAGUAACUUCUCAUGGGGUGUCGCAAAUCGUGGGGCAUCCGUUAGGGUUGGAAGAGAGACGGAGAAAGCGAAAAAAGGUUAUUUCGAGGACAGGAGGCCAUCAUCGAAUAUGGAUCCUUAUGUCGUGACUUCAAUGAUUGCUGAGACAACCAUCAUUUGGAAACCUUAAACUGAUGUUUGUUUGGCCGGUGAAUCAUUUGGAAGCCUUAGUAGUUUUAUUAGUUGUUUAGUUUGACUUUAUUUGACUCAUCUUUAGACAUGAAUGGGGUACAUACAACUAAAACCAUGUUUUUUUAUCUGGGUUUUGUAUCUUAUGCUUUUUAUUAUUUGAAACUAUUGUUUUUUUUUUUUUUUUUUUGGAAAACAGACGGUGAAGAAAACUGAGACAAUUUAGUUUAAUGCUUUUUUAAUUAAACUUGUUACUAUGUGGACUAAAUAUGGCUUUUUGUUUCCAUCCCUAAGUUGAACCCAAGGUCUUGCUCAGUUAUUCAAGAUAGGAUUAUUAAAAGUUUAAAUUAAGUCAAACUUAAACCAGCUUAAUGUCACGGAGUAAUUCUUUUGACUCACGUGCAACACUUAGGGGGUGUAUAUUUUUUUGUGAAAAGCACUUCAUAACCUCUUAUGUCUGCCCCACGCAGACCACGCUCAAUGUCACGGAGUAAUUCUUUUGACUCACGUGCAACACUUAAGGGGUGUAUGUUUUUUUGUGAAAAGCACUUCAUAACCUCUUAUGUCUGCCCCACACAGACCACGCGCAGACUUUGAGUCUGCAGCGUGUUUGUUUUUUGAAAGUGAUCUAAUUAAAAAAGUUGUUCUAUACCUCUUCCUCGCGCAGACUUGGACUCACAUCUUCAAGGCUCUUCUCCUCUUUGCGCUUUCAAAACACAAUCUCAAAACCCUAGCAUCCUUCUCCAGCCGACACCUCCACCUCCUCCGCCACCCCCACAUCUCCGUCGACCC